AUGGACGGCCAGACCGCCCAAGAUCAGUACAUUGACAAUGCGCUGCGCGCAGUCCAAAACAAGAAGCAGGUGCCAGAGAUCGACUUCACCCUGCACACUAUGGAAGACGGCAGUCAAGUGAGCACGCAGGAGCGGGUUUGCAAAGAUGUACAAGCGCCAGCCUUCGCAGUGCCGACUGAAGAUCAGAUCCUCUCCCCGAAUGACCGCUCAAAGCCGAAUCUACAGUUUCUCAAGCAGCACCUCUACCGAGAAGGUCGUCUCACAGAAGAGCAGGCGCUAUGGAUCAUCAACUCAGGCACACAGCUACUGCGCGCAGAACCCAAUCUUUUAGAAAUGGACGCGCCCAUCACAGUGUGUGGAGACAUCCACGGACAGUACUUUGACCUGAUGAAGCUAUUCGAGGUCGGUGGCGACCCAUCAGAGACGAGAUAUUUGUUUCUUGGCGACUACGUGGAUCGUGGUUACUUUUCCAUUGAGUGCGUGCUCUAUCUCUGGGCCCUGAAGAUGUGGUACCCCAACACCCUCUGGCUUCUUCGCGGCAACCACGAAUGCAGGCAUUUGACCGAUUACUUCACCUUCAAGCUGGAGUGCAAGCAUAAGUACAGCGAGAAGGUAUACGAGGCGUGCAUGGAAUCAUUCUGCUCGCUACCACUGGCCGCAGUCAUGAACAAGCAAUUCUUGUGCAUUCAUGGUGGUCUCAGUCCGGAACUGCACACACUCGAGGACAUCAAGGCACUUGAUCGAUUCCGCGAACCUCCCACUCACGGCUUGAUGUGCGAUAUCCUCUGGGCAGAUCCACUUGAGGAGUUCGGACAAGAGAAGACACAGGAGUACUUCAUCCACAACCACGUGCGAGGCUGCUCUUACUUCUUCAGCUACCCAGCAGCGUGUGCCUUCCUGGAAAAGAACAACCUCCUCAGCAUAAUCCGUGCACAUGAAGCACAAGAUGCUGGUUACCGAAUGUACCGAAAGACCCGCACGACUGGCUUCCCUUCGGUCAUGACGAUAUUUUCUGCGCCAAACUAUCUCGACGUGUAUAACAACAAAGCGGCGGUGCUGAAGUACGAGAAUAACGUUAUGAACAUCAGACAGUUCAACUGCACACCUCACCCAUACUGGCUGCCAAACUUUAUGGACGUCUUCACAUGGUCACUGCCAUUCGUGGGCGAGAAGAUUACCGAUAUGCUGAUCGCCAUCCUCAACACAUGUAGCAAGGAAGAAUUGGAAGAGGACACUCCACUAUCGUCUGGACCAUCAUCACCGCCACUGACAGGACCUCAUGCGAUGGACCCCGAUAGCACGGAGUACAAGCGACGAGCCAUCAAGAACAAGAUUCUCGCCAUCGGCAGACUGUCCCGUGUCUUCCAGGUGCUGCGUGAGGAGUCUGAGCGUGUGACCGAGCUGAAGACGGCCUCUGGCGGCAGGCUUCCAGCUGGAACGUUGAUGCUUGGCGCCGAGGGCAUCAAGCAGGCCAUCACGUCCUUCGAGGAUGCGCGCAAGGUUGACUUGCAGAAUGAGCGACUGCCUCCGAGCCACGAGGAAGUGCGAAGGAGUACCGAAAAUGCGCGUGACGAGGCGCUUAAGCGGGCCUCGCGAGAAGCUGAAAACGACCAGCAACUGGCAGGUGUUGCUCGCCGGAUAUCUAUGUCCUCUGGGUCAAGGAACUCCCGCAGGAGCUAGAGGCCGUCGACUCCACCAAAGACAAAGCCAGACGCACUGCCGCUAUGUCAGUGGCAAUCCACACAGAUUAUGACGACAGCCGAAUUGGAUCCUGCAGAAGCGGACGCAGACGCGGGAAUCAACGAGACAGCUGCGCGCCGCGACAUUAGCACCACCACAGUCACCUCGCUUGAGGCGCAAGCAAUCGAGCAUGUAGUUGAUGCGUACCAGAGGAACUCGUGUACAUGGGCGAGAGCAGAGUAAUUAAUGGUAAUGCCGGAGCGAGGGAGAAAGAGAGCAUGAUAGGAAGGUAUCUCUUCAUUGGAAUACUGC